AUGCCAGGAAGUGACCAAGAUGAACACUGCAGAAAUAGCGAGAAAAAAUCGGUUGUAUUAAAGUUUCAAUCGGUUAAUAACAAGGUAAUUGCCCCUGCCAUCUGGGAAGGGGUUUGGUCUCACGAAUUGGAUUUUCAUACCUUAGAUAUCAGAACGGGCUAUGGUCCUAAAGUCUUCAGAAUGAAUAUCUGGCUCAAAGGGGAUCCGUAUCAAUGGAAGCCCUUCACUCUAAAAGCGGCGAAAGGAGGAAUAGAAAGCGGUUUCGCCUAUUGUUUCAGAACUCGAAGACUCUCUCCCGGACUCGGAAAGGCUGGUUCUUCAAAGGCGAACUAG